AUGAAGUCGCCACAGUUGCUGCUACUGUUUGCCACAGUCGCCAUUUUUGAGUGCACACAUGCCGCCGUCCUGCCGGAGAGAUUGCAAUUGAAUAUUUGUAAGAAAUCCGAAGAUGAUUAUCAAGCGUGUUUGCUGCAAGCUUUCGAAAAAGCUCGUCCGCAUUUCCUCAACGGUGUUCCGGAACUGGACUUUCGAAUCGAUCCGUUGGUCAUCAAUGUUACCUCCGUUGACCGGACUCUAAAUGAACUUAUCAGUAUCAAAGCUGUCUUGAAGAAUGUUCGAGUUACUGGAUUAGGUGGAGUUGUCAUCAAUGACUUAAAAGUUGAUUUGAAAAAUAUGAUUGGUGAAAUUCGGCUUACCGUUCCACAUUGUGAAAUGUCUAUGGAGCAUGAUGUGUCUGGUCAGUUAUUAAUUGUCCCAUUGAGAAACAAAGGAUAUUUCCGAGGAAAUUUCUCUAACAUCCAAAUGUACAUGAGAGCGCAGUUCAAGAAAUAUAAACAAGCUGACGUUGAAUAUUUUACUGUGGACAAGUUUGAUACAAAAUUCCGUGUUGGUGAUGGCGUGAUUAAAAUCAUUGCCAAGAAUCCUGACCUUCAAUUCACAGCUGAUUUAAUUACAAACUUCUACAAUGAAAAUCCACGCCUUGUAAUGGAUUCUAUCAGUCCAAUUUACAACGAAUAUUCAAACCAAGUAAUUAAACAGGAAAUUAAUAAUUAUUUGGCACGUGUUCCUGCAGCGGAAUUUCUUCCAGAAUAACUUUAAAUAAGUAAAAGCUUUUUAUAGAUAUUUUAGAAAAAGUUUCAGUUUAGAAAAAUAGUUCUUGGCGGAAUAAUCUUAUUGAUAAUUGUUAAAUAAUUGCUAUUGUGCAGUUUAAACUACCAUACAAGUUGUUAAGGAGUUUUAAUAAGCUUUAAAAUAGGAAUUAAGGAAAAAGUUACCAAGUUUUGUAAAUUUUUUGAUAUUUUAUUGCGUUUUGUAAUAAAGAAAACACCAAAAAUAAAUUAAAUUUAAAAAGUU